AGUCAAAGGUGUCUGUUUCAAAGCACAUAAAAAUGUGUUAGCUGCUUUCAGCCAGUAUUUCAGCCUUCGACACAGUAGACCACGCCAUCCUACUGAGGCGUUUGGAGGCAGAAGUAGGUAUCAGGGGAUGUGCUUUGGUUUGUUUAAAUCAUUCCUCAUGGGAUGUACUCAAAGGGUUGCUAUUGGAAACCAGCUAUCCUCAUUGAGGUUCCACAAGGCACGAUCUUACUCCCCAUGUUAUUCAACUUCUGUGUAAAGCCUUUUGGAGAACUCAUUUGUAGCUAUGGAAUUGGAUGCCGUGAAUAUGCAGAUGACACCCAGCUCUAUAUCUUGUUAUCCAGAUCCUCUGGUGAUACAAUGGAGGUACCGAGUUGCUGCUUGAUGACGUCAACUGGCUGAAAGUAAAUAAAUUGAAAUUGAGCCCAGACAAGAUAGAAGUGAUGCUGGUUAGAAAAGCAGGGAUCCUGGAGGACAUUGUGCUUCCGACCUUUGACGGGGUUCAGUUGACCCUGGCUGACUCAGUUAAGAGCCCAGUGGUUAUACUAGAUCUCGAGGUGCUGCUAGAGAAGCAAGUAAAUAAAGCUGCAAAAAAGGCCUUCUCACAACUCAGACUAGCCUGGAAGAUGGCCCCCUACCUUGGUAUGGCCAAUCUGGCCACCUGGAUUCAUGGCACAGUAACAUUGAGACUAGACUACUGUAAUGCACUCUGCAUAGGUCUCCCCUCAAAGCUGACUCGAAGACUCCAGCUUAUGCAGAAUGCUGCAGUUCAUUUAGUCUCAGGACCUAGAUGGAGCAUGCAUAUUGCUCCCAUUCUGCAGUCAUUUUAUUGGCUUCCCAUCAGUACCAGGCUCAGUUCAAGGUCAUGGCUAUCACAGUCAAAGCUCUUCUUGGCCUCUCCCGCUAUGUUCCACCACGGCAGUUUCACUCAUUUGCACAGGGCCUUCUGAAGAUACCACCUUGCACUUGGGUAAUAGCAGCAGCUGUCCCCACAUGUGCUUUCUCUGUGGUAGCCCCUACCUUAUGGAAUGGCCUGCCUGAGGAGGUCAGGAAAGCUCCCACUCUACUUGCUUUCUGCAAACUAUGUAAAACUGAUUUAGUCAAGAGGAAUUUUUACCCAGAUUACAGGGCUGUGCCAUAAGAAGUAUCUCAGAGAGAGGCAAUGGUAGGGAAAGAAACGAUACACUACUCUGUUGGGUACUGUCGAUGUAGACAUGCACCUACAUGCCAUGCAAAUUAUUUAUGCUUUGUUUCAGAACGUUUUUAUCUCUGUGCUGGGCUAUUCUGUAUGUUUGUGUCUCUUAAACAACUGUGCAUCUCCCCUCUCCAGGACCCUAUUUCAGAAUUCUUCAGGACAGAAGAAUGAUGUCUUUCACCUAGAUAUAAAAAAUGUAGGUGGCAUAGGGCAAAUCUUAGACUACAUGUACACGUCCCAUCUUGACCUGAAUCAGGACAACGUACAGGUUCUUUUGGAAAUUGCGCAAUGUCUACAAGUGCAGAAUGUCUUGAACACGUGUCGUUCAUUUUUAAAAUCCUCCACGGUUUUGGAACAGCCGGCUAGUAUGCCUUGUAACAAUACCUUUCCCUUACAAAAUACUUUGGCUGCAGAUACGAAUUGUGAGACUUACGAUGCCGGUUUACUGUGCACUUGUUCCUCAGGUGCACAACCCAGCAAACUCUUGGAUGAUCAUCAUUUACAAGGGUCACAGCCUGCUGCACUUCCUAUCCCUUCUAGUGAUAUGAACAAAAAGAAGCAAGAUUCCAUGGAUGUUAAUUGCACAGAUCUCCCAUUUAAGCAGCCAAAUUGUUAUUAUAAACUUCGUAACUUUUACAGCAAACAGUUCUACAAACAAACCAUUUGUCCCAGCAGCGGACGAUCACCAGAGCCAUCCUUUACCUUUAAUGCCUCUGCAGAAUGCAGUGCAGUUGAGACUAGUGCUGCUUGUACUAUCGGUCAUUCGGAAUGUAUUUUGGAAUCACCUGAUCAUUUACCUUCAAACUUCCUGGUUCAGCCUUUAAAUGAAUGUCACGAAGAUCAUGAUGCAGAAAGCUUGUCUUUACAGCCAGCCGAACAGAUAAGACUUGAAAAAGCAAUGCCUCUUAAAAAACAGAAUUUUCUAAGGUCUCGAAAGUCUUCAGACUUAAGUUCUCCUGAACUUAAAAUUGCUAAUGGGGACAAUGCAAGGGAAACGGAGUCAGGAAGAGGAAGUGAUAUGCAGAGGACAGAUGCUGCUGCUGAAAACAAAGACGUUGAAGAGCUAGUCAAUUCAGAAGGCUUGGAGCAAAAUGCUGAACUUGAGCUGUCCCUGGAACUUUCUGAGGCAAAUGACCAGUCCCAGAUUUUUGUUUCAGAGAGGCAGUAUCCUUGUGCAUCAUGCGGAAAAGCUUUUAAACACCCAAGCAAUCUGGAGCUGCACAUAAGGUCUCAUACAGGUGAGAAGCCAUUUGAAUGUAACAUUUGUGGGAAAUGUUUCUCACAGGCGGGCAAUCUUCAGACUCAUUUACGUCGGCAUUCUGGUGAAAAACCUUACAUCUGUGAAAUCUGCGGGAAAAGGUUUGCUGCGUCUGGGGAUGUCCAGCGUCAUAUUAUUAUUCAUACUGGAGAAAAGCCUCACCUAUGUGAUAUUUGUGGCCGAGGGUUUAGUAACUUCAGUAAUUUAAAACAACACAAAAAGAACCAUGCAGUAGAGAAAGUUUUCACCUGUGACGAGUGCGGAAAAUCCUUUAACUUACCCCGGAAGUUAGUGAAGCACAGGAUCAGGCACACAGGAGAGAGGCCUUACAGCUGCUCAGCUUGUGGAAAAUGCUUUGCAGAGUCUGGUGACUUACAAAGACACAUCCGGACUCAUACUGGGGAAAAGCCAUAUACUUGUGAGACCUGCAACAAAUGCUUCAGUCGUUCUGCUGUCUUACGGCGGCACAAAAAAAUCCAUUGUAAAGCAGGCAGUGAAGAUCCAAAUGGUCUCGAGGACCUUACCCAGGCAGUGGAAAUGUCUGACCUUGAAAAGUCCCAAACAUCAGACUCAUUUACCCAAGAAAUAUCAGUAACUUUACUGCCCGUAUCAGUGAAAUUUCCCAUCCAUCCAUCAGGAAAUUCAGCAAGUGGACUGGACAACUCUGCGACAACGUUUCGUAAAGUGCAGCCCACAGCACAUCAGAGUGAUUGUGCAAACCAUCAGAAAUUGAGUUUAGAUCCUGUUAAACUCUCCAGAUCUCAAAGACACAAUCGCCUGUUUUCUUUUAAAGAAGUGGACACGGCUCUGGAGGAUGAACGUCUGCAGUCUGAUGGGAUAUCCAUGAUUCGCUCUGCUGGGGCUAGCUUAAGCAGCAGCUGUAGCAAUGAACUGAAUAGUCGUGUAUCUUCUACUGAAUACAGAAACAGCGAAGGGCCAUUCUUCUCCAGCGUGACCCUCUGGGGUUUAGCCAUGAAGACUUUGCAGAACGAGAAUGAAUUGGGUCAGUGAGAAGUCAUUCGGUGUCAGCUUGAAGAGUGGUGGGCAAUAUAUGUUGCUUGAAAGUGCUCAGAGAGCCUCCCUGUAUGUUUCUCUCUCUUUUUUUAAAUUUUUAUUGGUGAGUACAUAGUUAUUACAUACAUUCCCCAUCAGACCUAAUUUAUUUCAACCCCCACCCUUUCCCUCCCCCCUCCUUAUAGACUUCCAACAGCUUUCCAACCCUUAACCUAUCUUAUUACUUAACUUAUUUUUCCAUUAAAUUGUUCGAAAUCAUAUAUGUAUUAUAUCUCUUACUCUAAGCAUAUUCAAAUUCUCUUAUGUAUACUCUAUCAAAUCCACUAAUAUAUCCAUUCUCUACAUCACUAUUUAAACUGUAUAUUUUUGAUAAAGUCUCUUAAUAGUAAUACUAGCUUAGGUUAAUUAAUAGCUAAAUUUUCCCAUUAGUGGUAAAGUUACUUCUCUCUUCUAUUUAAGCAAUCACAAAUUAAUAGUUCUCAAACUGCCACAGUCCUCCUUUCACGUCCCCUUUUUUUUCUAGAUAUUGUUUCAAUUUCCCCCAGUCUGCAAUAUAUUCUCCUGGAUCAAGGUCUUUGAGUUUUCUUGUCACGUUCCUGUAUGUUUCUCUAUUGUAAUCCUUCCAACAACCUCGUAAGGGAGGUCAGUAUCAUUAUCAGUGCGUUGAGGAUCCCAGGCAAAGGCGGUGAGAGUGCUUCACCUAAGGCCACCCACUGAGUUCGUGGCGGAGUCUAGAUGUAAAGCUGGUAACUUCCUGAUUAACAUCUGGUAGCAGAUGGAGGAUGCCAUUAAGGGCAGAGCAGGAGCUGAGUAGAGAUCUAAUCCAGGGGGCACAGUCCAUUGGGAAGACUGCCAGAGCCCUGGCACAUGGCUCUUUGUCAUCUCAUCUGCACUGUAUGGGACAAUGUGCGUAGCGAGUGCCAUUUAAAGUGUUUGUAUCAGACAUCAACAUAUCUUAGGCUGGCCCAGGUACAGGUUAGAGGAAAACUGCCUAAGAGCAUAGUGACACAUGACAUCGAUCACAUCAGAAGGAGCCAAGCAGAAGUCAAGGUCUGUCAGUGGCUACUAGCCGUGGUGACUAAAAGGUACCUCUGCAAUCAACACAGCAAACCUCUGAAUCCCAGUACCAGGAGGCAAGUUCAGGGGAAGGCCUCCGUUUCUGUGCCCUUUGGUUAGCCCUCCGCAGUAACUGGUUGGCCCCUGUGUGAGACAGGAUGCUGGAGCAGGUGGACCAGUGGUCUGAUCCAGCAAGCCUUAUGUUCUUACGCUGUGAUGGUUAAGAAAUCUGAAUCUCCCAAAGAAACAAGCAGAGAAAGCUGUAGGGGGUCACUGCCCACCUCCCUACCUGCUCAUCUCUCUCUCAGCAGCUGAGUGUCUCUGCUCUUUCCCUUCUUUACUGUUAGGGAUGACCAGCUGCGAAAGGGGAGGCCAGUGAGGACCCUCAGCCGGCAUUCCCUUCAGCUGUUAGCUGCUUGCCUCUGGGGGAGUUUCAGGAUUCUCAGAGCUCAAGAGUCUGGCUUCUGUAUGGCUUCUUCCAAGGUGGUGAUUGUAAUGCAGAGAUAGGCUCAGGUUCUCAGAGAAUACUGAUGCACUCAUAGUGUGCCGAACUGCUGGAGUGUGUGUUGCUGUGGAGCACUCCGAACUCCCAGUUUGGCUGGCAGCGCUCCCUUUCUGAAGUGCAGCUUCUUGCCUUUUUCAUAAUUGGGACCUUGCAAAGGUGACUAAAUGCUGAGAGCCCAGAGAGUUCUGCACCCCCCCCCCUUCCCCAAGUACUGACAUAAUACAGCCAGGUUAGGAGUAUCUGGCAAGAGGUCACCAGUGCCAGCAGUGGCUCAUGUGAGUUCCCACACACUAAGGUGAUAUUUAUCCAUGUCGAGUAUUAAAUAUGUUUGCCAGUGCAAUUUGUCAAUUUAUGUAGAAGGUGUUAUUUUUAUAUCAAAGCAAUGUUUUAUAUUAUAAUAUUUUGUACACCUUU